AGGGAGGAGAAAGCAGGACUUGAGUCACCUGGGCUCGUCUGGAGCGGGCCACCCGGGACCAGGAACUCUGUAGGCGACUUAAGGGGGCGGGAUGAGAGGUCACAAGAGGGGAGCAGGGAGCGUGUCCCAGGUUCCCACCGCUCUCCAGCUGCCUAGCAGCCCUUGGACCACCCUUUGACCUUAAAACGGCUGCGGAGCGCGCCUCCUCCGCCCGGAGCGAGACCCAGCAGGCCCGGCGCUGGGCGUGCCCUCGCCUGCCCUGCCGCGCGCGGGCCUCCACCGAGCCUCUGCGGCCCGCGCAGGAGUGCACCCCUCUCGUCUCGUCUUGCCUGGGAGCCGGCGCUGCGCCUGGGCGGGAGGUCCUGGGGGAUCCUCGCCCGGCGUCCGCGCACUAUCCUUGCCUGCAACUGCCAGCAGAGCGGCCGCAGCCACCGUGCGCCCUCAGCGCCCGCCCCCAACUCGACCUGGGUGGCCUCUAGGGGCGCAGCCCUACACAUGCGGGUCUGCGAGGCUGCACACCACAGGAUCCGUGAAAGGAGCAGACACCAACACUGGCCACGAUGCUGUCAGCCAAUGACUUUGCAUCUGGUUCUUGGGAGCUCGUGGUCCAAGUGGAUCAUCCAAGUAAAGAGAAGGACAAAGACGUGCCACUGAGAGUGUCCGGAGACCUGCAUAUUGGGGGAGUGAUGCUCAAGUUAGUAGAAAAGAUGAAAAUAGCUCAAGACUGGUCAGACUUUGCCCUUUGGUGGGAACAGAAGCGAUGCUGGCUCCUGAAAACACACUGGACCCUGGACAAAUAUGGGGUACAGGCAGACGCAAAGCUCCUCUUCACCCCUCAGCAUAAAAUGCUUCGCCUCCGCCUGCCAAACAUGAAGACCGUGAGGUUGCGAGUCAGCUUCUCGGACGUGGUUUUUAAAGCCGUCAGUGAUGUCUGCAAAACCCUGAAUAUUAGAAGAUCGGAAGAACUUUCCUUGUUAAAGCCUUCUGGUGACUAUUUUAAAAAGAAGAAAAAAAAAGACAAGAAUAAUAAGGAGCCCAUAGUUGAAGACAUUUUAAACCUGGAGAGUUCUCCAACAAUCUCAGGGCCACCAGUAAGUCCUGGCUUGUACAGCAAAAUGAUGACUCCCACCUACAACCCCGUCAACGGAUCGCCGGUGUCAUCCACCCUGACUUGGUUCAGUGACAGCUCUUUGACGGAACAAAACUGCGGCAUCCUUGCAUUCAGCCAACCACCCCAGUCACCAGAGGUGCUGGCUGAUAUGUACCAAUCUCUGUCUCUGGUCGAUAAAGCCAAGCUUAAUGCAGGCUGGCUAGACUCCUCGCGUUCCCUCAUGGAACAAGGCAUCCAGGAGGAUGAGCAGCUGCUGUUACGAUUUAAAUACUACACUUUCUUUGACUUAAAUCCCAAAUACGAUGCUGUCCGAAUAAACCAACUCUAUGAACAGGCCAGGUGGGCCAUUGUCUUGGAAGAAAUUGACUGCACAGAGGAAGAAAUGUUGAUCUUUGCAGCACUACAGUAUCACAUUAGCAAACUGUCAUUGUCGGCUGACAUACAGGAUCUUGCAAAUGAGUCUGAGGUCGAUGAAGUAGAAGCAGCACUUUCUAAUUUGGAAGUGACCCUUGAAGGUGGAAAAGCGGACAACACUUUGGAGGACAUUACUGAUAUCCCUAAACUUGCAGAUAAUCUCAAAUUAUUUAGGCCCAAGAAGCUAUUAUUAAAAACUUUAAAACAAUACUGGUUCGUCUUUAAAGACACGUCCAUAGCCUACUUUAAAAAUAAGCAACUUGAACAAGGAGAACCAAUAGAAAAAUUAAAUCUUAGAGGCUGUGAAGUUGUGCCAGAUGUGAAUGUAGCAGGAAGAAAAUUUGGAAUCAAGCUACUAAUCCCUGUUGCUGAUGGUAUGAAUGAAGUGUAUCUGAAAUGUGACCAUGAGAAUCAAUAUGCCCAGUGGAUGGCUGCCUGCAUCUUGGCAUCAAAGGGUAAAACCAUGGCAGAUAGCUCCUACCAGCCAGAGGUCCUCAACAUCCUUUCUUUCCUGAGGAUGAAAAACUGGAACUCGACAUCUCCAGUGGCUUCCAGUCUCGAAAACAUGGACAUGAACCCGGAAUGUUUUGUGUCACCUCGGUGUGCAAAGAAACACAAGUCUAAGCAGCUGGCAGCCCGGAUUAUGGAGGCCCACCAGAACGUAGCCCAGAUGUCCCUGGUUGAAGCCAAGCUGCGAUUCAUUCAGGCGUGGCAGUCUCUACCUGAAUUCGGCCUUACCUAUUACCUUGUCAGAUUUAAAGGAAUCAAGAAAGAUGACAUUCUGGGAGUUUCGUAUAAUAGGUUGAUUAGAAUCGAUGCAACCACUGGGAUUCCAAUCACCACAUGGAGAUUCACCAAUAUGAAACAGUGGAAUGUAAACUGGGAAAUCCGCCAGGUGGCGAUCGAGUUUGACCAGAACGUCUCCAUUGCAUUCACCUGCCUGAGUGCAGAUUGCAAGGUUGUGCACGAAUACAUCGGUGGCUACAUUUUCUUGUCCACCCGCUCCAAGGACCAGAAUGAAACACUCGAUGAGGACCUGUUCCACAAGCUGACAGGCGGUCAGGAAUGAAGUGAAGUGGGCCUCCUGGGCCUGUACACAGGGGGCAAGCCAAGGGUGGCCCUCCUGGGACAGUGGGACCCGUGGCUCACACAAGGUGUAGAUUCCAGACUGACAGACAACAUAUAUUCACCACCAGUCACCCAGAGCCUUGCCUUGUGUCAAACACACUGCCUGGCUCACCCCUUCGGUUACUUUGCCUUGUGCUACCUGCAGUGGAAGGAGCCUCAGUUGCCUUUUCCGUAAACUGGGAGGGCAGGAGAAAGGAUAGUACUCUGAGGUUACUCUAAGGCCCAGCAUGUGCCUUCAGUUCUGUGACUUACAGAAUCUGCAAGCCUAUGGCUAAAAGUUGCUCCCAUGCUUAUCUGCUCCAUUGCCCAGUCAUCAUAGAAAACAGAAACUUUAAAAGCACAUGUGGCAAGCACAAAUCUUAUUCCUUGAACUCAGGUAUAAAAAGAAAUAGGUCAUUCCUUAACAGAACUGCUUUUAGCUCCCAUGUUGUGAACAUGGCAGAGGGAAUCCACACAUUUCCCCUGAAGGUCAAGGUCUGGCGUUGGGGUGAGGAGAGGUGGGAUUUCCUGAUGCCAGUUUGUGACAAGGGAUCAAAGCAAUGGCCCCCAAUGUCAUCAGUGACAUGUCCAUAGUGACUUCUACCAAGGGAACCACUGGCUCAGUCUGGUUUGGACACUGGUCCUCUCAGGUUUUUGCUGCCCCCCACAAGUCCCUCUGCAUUCUGGGGAUCUCUUAACCACCUUCAUGUCCUUCUUGAUGGCAUGAGUGACACAGGUACAGGGAACUUGUUCCUCAUCUCAGCCCCAUGUCUCCACUGCUUCUACCCAGAGUCAGGGCUCAAGAAGAAAGGCCCAGUUCUCUCUGUUCAUAAAACCACCUAUCCACAUCCAUGCUUCCAUGCUUCUGAUGAAGUCCCAUCCCACUGGUCAGGAGGAGCAGGGCGGGACACAGGCUGGGCCCACUCCCAAAGCCCACCUUGUUAAAGGGCUGAUGGCUUUCCAUCUACAUGGCCUUUGGCUGGUGUGGGGCAGGGCAGCCUUGCUCUUAUCACUGCUCAGUGUUUUCCUAGAUUUGGUGUCUGUUUAGGUGACUUCUGGCCUUACCCAUUAUAGGCCUUGGCUUCCAUAAGUUGAAAGCUGAUCAUACACUUCUUUUCUCUCUGCCUCUUCUCUAAGACAUGAGCAUGGGCCAAUGAACAGCUGCCUCAGAUGUCAUAUUCUGUUUUGGUUUGUCAGCACUGGGAGGAGUAGGGCUUUGAGGAAGUAUAAAGCAAUACCAACAGUAGUGGGAAAUAUCAGACAGUAUUUUAUUACUUUGUUAUAAUGUUCUUUUGUCACACAAAGGACUUGGGUUGCCAGGGUAAUGCAGAGGCUGCAUUUCCAUUUUGAAGUUCUCCAAGAUGCAGACUUCAAGGGGCCUGUCCAGAGCUCAGAUACCAGGAAAUAUCAGCUAGCUGUUGCUUUAUUUCCCGAAAAAGCCCUUUGAGAAGAGAGAUCUCCAGAAUUCCUGGAGCCACAAUGAGGCAGCCUUGCAUAGGGACGCCGGAACCCUGAGUCAGAAACUGUCCCUGGAAAUCUCUCUUUUGGCCUUUCCUUAGAGGUCAGUGUUAAUGAACACUCCCCUGGCUGCAGCUGAACUUCUGAUGUCUACCUUUAAAGCUCAGAGGUGGCUUAGGCACUUGGAAAAUCUGAUCCAUGUCAAAGAAUUUCUUUCGAAAUGUUUUAUAUAGAAACUAGUGAAGAGCAUAGUGUGUUAAACUUGGUGUUGGUCAUUUCUCUAGACUCCUGGGCUCUAUUAUCUUAGAACCUACUCAGGUCUGUAAGGUUAUGUUGGGCCCUACAUUAAAAUAAUGCUCCCUGUUGUGACAUUUCACCUGUCUGCUGUCAAGUACAGCUCUGCGUAACUUACCAGAGCCAACCUUCAGCGCAACCCUCUUCCUUGGCAUUUCAGGGUUGUCUGACAUUUCUAUGAAAACGCUCAAAGGAGCCGACCGGGUUUAACCAAACUUUCCGGGAACAUUUCUCCUGUGUCCACACGAUCACAUCCCAGAGGAAUAAACAAGUGUGAAACAGAAAUCUUAAAUGCUGCUGCUAUUCCAAAGGGCAACACAAGGACAUUUUUUUACUUAGGGUGCAAAAGGUCAUUGGACUAAUGAUGAAGUUUUAAAUUAAAGUGCCUUUCAGUCCCAUUUGCUUUCUUAUCUACACUAGGUUGGGAAAUCUGCCUUUUUUGUUAUUUUUAUAUGACUUCUAAAUUAAAUGGUUUAUAUGGACUUAAAUAA